AUGCCAAGAGGUCAAUUAAUACUAAUAGAAGGAUUAGAUAGAACUGGUAAAUCAACUCAAUGUUCAGAAUUACGUAAAAAAUUCCCUAAAUCAAAAUUAAUUAAAUUUCCAGAAAGAUCAACUAAAAUAGGACAAUUAAUAAAUGAAUACUUAACAAAUCCAGAUUUUAAAUUAAAUGAUCAAUCAGCUCAUUUAUUAUUUUCAGCAAAUAGAUGGGAAUUAAAUGAAGAAAUUGAAAAGUUAUUAAAUGAUGAAUAUUUUGUUAUAUUAGAUCGAUAUAUUUAUUCAGGAUUAGCAUAUACAUUAGCUAAAAAUAAUACAGACCAAAAAACUAAUGAAAAUAAAAUAUCAGAUAGUAAUUCCAAAAUAAAUUUAUCAAAUAUUGAAUGGUUAUUAACACCAGAUAAAGGUUUACCAAAACCUGAUUUAACUUUAUUUUUAACUUUAAAUCCAGAAGAAAUUGCUAAAAGAAAAGGUUUUGGUAAUGAAAGAUAUGAACAAGAACAAUUUCAACAAGAUGUUAAAAAGGCAUUUCUUAAAGUAUUAAAUGAUGAAAUUUUAAAAGGUGAUGAUUCAAUAAAAAUUAUAGAUGUUAAUAAUAUGAAUAUUGAAACUGUUACUAAUUUAAUUUGGGAAAUGAUUGAAGAUAUUAAUGGUAAUAAAUUAACAAAUAAUCCAAUAAAACGUAUAGAAUAA